AGUCGCCCCUUUCAAAGUCGCCUAGGUCAACUUUGCAGUAAGCGGCCGGCAUUGCUAGGCCGGCUUGCGGAUUGCGACUUUGUUGGGGACGACUAUGUAGUUGCUGGCGAGGUGACUGGGUUACCACUGCAUCAACAGACUGUUGCGUCGAGAGAUCUUAAUAGCUAGCUUUAAGUGUGAAUCAUCAAUGUAUAUAUAUAGCAUAUACUGUAGUGUUGAUUGCAAUGCUAGAUCGGUCUAUCCUUCAAAACAUAAUGUCGUACGUUUUAUUUGGAUGGAUUGGUAGUGAAAAAGAAAGUACCAUGCACUAAUUAUAACAUCAAGCAAAACCUAUCUAAUCUGGAUCGACUGCGGAUCCCGACAACAGUCACGUACAUCCUUGAGCUGGGAAAGAUUGAUUGAAGAUUCUUAAGAUAUAACCCUUCCCAAUUCGAGUGGCCCCCUGGGGCCUGUCAUCAAAGCAAUGUCUUCCGGAAUCUCCAAUGGGGAUGUGAACCUGCACUUAAUGACUGAGGUGCAACUCAAUGUUUACGAUAUGUACUGGACCAAUGAGUAUACGUCAACACUAGGUCUUGGAGUUUUUCAUGCUGGCGUGGAGGUCUAUGGGAAAGAGUAUGCCUUCGGUGGGCAUCCAUUUCCCUUCACUGGAAUAUUUGAAAUUGAACCCAGAGAUUGUGACGACCUUGGAGAGCAGUUUCAAUUCAAGGAGUCCAUAUCACUGGGAGAGACGGAUCUUCCAGAGGAUGCAGUCACCAAGGUCAUUGAUUGCCUCGGCAAGAAAUACCCCGGAGACGAAUAUCAUCUAAUACGCAAGAACUGUAACCACUUUGCCCAAGAGUUUGUUCAGAUCCUAUGCAGGAGAGACAUCCCCAGCUGGAUCAAUAGACUAGCCACAGUCGGUGCCCGCCUCCCCUUCAUGGAGAAGAUGCUCCCCAAGGAAUGGCUUACCCCUUUAGCAUUAGAACCCUCCAUCAAGGAGCCUGAACCGUCCCGCAACCAGACCAGUACGGGUGCUGCUAGCAACGGCGGGAACAGCUGAUACCUAGCUCUAUCCCUACCCCACUCCCCCCCGCCCUACCCCCUCCUUGAGAAAUAAUAUUUAUUCUUAACAUGGUUUGUUCUUCCUGUUUAUAUCUAUAACAAAAAAAAAUGUAAAGAAAGAAGAAAAGAAAAAAAAGUAAAACAAGUUUUUAAUAUAUCAUUGACAGGAAUUUUUGUACCAUUUAUUGGACAUCAGUUGUCUGCUUACCAUAGAUGACAAUUGCUGAGUUUAUAUUUUAGGGAAGAAAUGAUGCGUUUACUAUAAUUACUAAUGAUUGGAAUAUAAGGUGUUCUAGAGAAAAUGAAAGUUAAGUUUAACACUGUACAAAAGUCUCUGUUUGAAAUAUAAAUGCACAGAAAUAUGAUAAAUCCUAGCUGACGAUUUUGUUUACUAUUCUUGGGUCUUAGAAUAAAAUCCUUGAAAAUAUUUAUGAAACUGAAGUAAGUUUGGAUGUUUCACUUAAACUGCAUUCUUUUUCAAAGUAUUUACUUAAUUUUGUUUGGGGGUGCACCACCUUGAAGUAUUGAACGCAAGACAAAGCACUCAAUGCAAUAGUCACUCUUACUAGUUACAAUAGUUUACUCUUGAGAUACUUAAAUACAAGCAAAACGAAUACUCACUCAAAACACAAGUGAGAUCAAUCUUCUUUCGUUCAAAUUGAAACAGUUAAAAUCUGAAACUUAGUUGUUGUGUUACUGUAGUUUUCCCAUUUCAAUUCAGGUCUUGUAAAAAAUACUCUGGUCCAGUAAACAUUCUGAACUACUAGUCCUUUGGACUUGUUGUUAUUCCUUCUCAGAAAUUGGAGCCCCCGAGUAUGCUCACGUAAUGUAAGUUAUGUGCUGUCUCUGCAAACCUAGCCUUGCCCAAGGAAUUCGCAUUAUUCACUCCGAAAAGACGCCGCUGUAAACCCACCCGUAUACACUGUGCUUAGCGUGUGUAAGCACACCGCACGACCCAAACGUAUACAUGUACACUGUCACACCGCUGUGCACAAGUCAUCUGCACUAGUACCACUUAUCCGCAUGUGGAGGCCGUGGCUACAGCCUCUGCACACAGCUAGUGUACGGGGCGUUGUGUCGUGUGUUUUGGUUACACACAUUUUGCGCAGGGGGGCAUACGGGUGGGUUUUUAUAGUGGCGUUUUUUUUGGGGGAGUAAAUAAUUCGACUACCUUGAGCAAGGCUACUGCAAACCUAAUAAAUAUCUCUGUGCAAAACAUACACUUUACAACAUGAAAACAAGUAUUGGAGAGUUUACUAUGUAUUCAAGUAUUAUUAUGUACACUUAUGAAAGGUAACAAGGCAUACUCAGCAGUCACACAGAUGAAAGAACUUUGGCAUGCUCUGUAUUUCUAUGGCCUGUUCACUGCCAUUUUGUCAAAAGGUCUUAUUGCUAAUUGCAAAUGAGUACAGUAGUAA